CUUAUUUUCUCGUCUGUAAUUAUUUGACAUUUUAUGUUUCUGAAAAAGGCACUUGUGAAAGCGUUCAAUAGUUUUCAUUUCGUAUCGGCUGGCCAGCAAAGCGGGGCAAACCGCUGUACUAUUAACGUCUCGAGCACCGUUCGCGUCGCGAAGUAAAGUGAAAAAUCCGACGAAGAGGAAGUAGUAGUAGCACUCGCUUGGCCCUUUGCAUCAUUUCAUUCGAAUAGGCAGACUCUUUGAGUGAAGCAGAAAACACCAGCCAACAAGCUAUCGAAUCGUUUCUGAUGGAAAGCUAAUCGACGGCUUGUGUAUCUUCCCGAUUCUACGUGAAAAAGUUUGCUCGAUGGUCGUCGUCCAUUGCUAUCGAAAAUGUGAUCUCCUUUUUAACUAUCAAGCAAAACAAAUCUUUGGAAUUUUUCUUCCGUCGUACAGUAACACAGUAAGGCUGUACCGGCGGAGGACUUAAACAAACAAUAGGACGGCGUAACAUUACAAAGGGAAAUAUAGUGUGUGUGUGCGUACGCUAAGUAGCACCAAUAUGGCAAGCAGCGACGAUCAAUGGCUGAAGGAGGAUGGAUAUCUGAACGUCGAUACGGAGUCCAGCUCCAUCAUGUACCACCCGCUUCUAAACGUGAUUCUUGUGAUUGCGAGCAAUGGUGAAUUGAAGCUGCUUGAUGUCAACUCUGGAGUCAUACUUCAAACCUACCGAGUAUCAGAUACGAACAUGGUACGAUGCCGGUACCUGCCAACGCAGGAUAAGAUGCUGAUUUGGAAUGGGCGGAACAUUUGCAUGCGGGGCGACUAUAACGGUGUGCUGCUGUUGGAUACGAUCUUGCAGGCCCCGGUGGCGCUCACCGACGAUCGCGUGCGACUCGAGCUGCUGCUGUCCGAAGCGCUGCUCUUUCUGAAGUGCCUCCAGAACCUAGAAGAGCACGGUCUGGAAAAUAUGAGCGAUGUUACGAACGAGCUGACGCAAAAGAUAAGCGAAGCUCAGUCGCACUCGAAGCGUGGCAUCAAGGCUCAAAAGUGGGAAACGGUCUGCUUGGAGCUGCCCCACUCGUCCCUGCGCAUGGUUGCAAGUGGCGUGGUGAUGCAGCUGAAGCGGCUGGAUCAGCACAUUCCUGCGAUGGCCAUCGCUUCGGCGAUUAACGAGCGACUGACGGAUCUGCUGGUUGGGGCGCGCGUGAACGAGUCAGCCAAUUCGGUCCAGCGUUUUCAGAUGUACUCCGAGGCUGCCCGACGGCAAACGUUCGAAGCGUGGCCGCACAUGGACUACAAGUGGGUCUUGCCGGAUCAGAUGGCACAGGCCGGCUUUUACCAUCAGCCCGGCGAAAACGGAAACAAGGAUCGGGCGAUGUGCUUCACCUGCGCCGUGUGUCUCGUUUGCUGGGAGAAAACGGAUGAACCGUGGAGCGAACACGAGCGACACUCGCCCGACUGUCCCUUCGUCAAAGGCGAAUUUACGCAAAACGUACCACUCUCUGUGACGUACGCCACCAGUCCAGCGGUGGCAACCGGUGGCUUCACUUUGAUCUCAGCCGGUGACCGUGGGGUGGUUUUGUGCACCGGCAAUCCGGGUGGGGACGUUACGGUUUGGAACAUCGAACGGCAGCUCACAAAGGUUUACGAGUUUCAGGUGAAACUACACCCGGACAUUCUCACGACGACCACGAUCAGUCUGCGCGCUACGGUAAACUCGAUCGAGCUGACGGCUCUGGCGGCUUAUUUUGUCCGUACGUCCUCCGGCGGUGGAAUGCUGCAGCGUCGAGCUUCUCUUUCGUUGAAGCCAAAAAUGCUUGGCACAAAGAUAGUGGCUGCGGUGCGCGUCAACAGCAUCGAGCCGCUGGACGAUGAGGAAGCUGAGUACGCUGAGACGACGCUUCUGCUUAUAGUUUACAACAUCGAGGAUCCGGAGGUCGAUGAUUCGGGUCCGGGCUCGCCAUCGAUGGGCAUAAAAAUGUCAAACAAUCCUCCUCAUGGGAGUGUUGGUGGUGGCAGUAAUGUGAAGAAAACCAAUCUGUCCACGAUUCUGGAGAGUUUGGAAGACGAAGGAGUGCUAGUGCUUGAUGAGCGCACUGGUUUGAUCAAACAGGCGGAGCAGUUGCUGAAAAAGUCCAAUAAAUCCAAAAAGAAACAUGUAACCGUCGCAGAUGUCACCGAGAGCGAUAGUUGCAGCCUUAUAUUACCCAGUUCGAACGUUACUAGUGCCGUGCCACCCUCUAGCUCGAUCAAUAUUGUGUCCGAUGCACUUGCCACGGGUAUCACCGGUUCCGGUGGUGCAGAGGGAACUGGUGAUGGUGGAGGGGGAGGAGGUGGAAUAAGCAGCACCUCGUCCGAUCAGGAUAUCUGUUGCAUGCCAUUGCAGUACAUCGAACUGCCACCGAUAUUUGUAGAAUCGCACGACCACUACUACAUCUCGGAUACCGUCCCUUCGAGCGACAAUCGGUUCCUGCUGGUCGUGCUAAAGCUUGAUGCUAAUACUGCCGCCAUGGGCACGACAUUAGAGGGCACGGAAAAGGAAAAACAAGAGGAGCUGGGAGAAAAGGAGCUGGCAACUGGCAAUAACAGCAGCACCAACCGAUGGUAUGCAAUUCUCUACCUUUACUUUCUGAACGAAGACGGGUUGGUGCGAUCGGAUGAUCCGCUGGUGAAGUGCCUGGAGCAGGAUCAGUCACCGCUGGAAAUAACGAUGCUGCCAAAAUGUGACGGCACCGGACGCCACUUCGGUGGACCGGACACGGAGCAGGGCAUCUUUGUGAUGACGUGCGCCGAUGGAAAGUUGCGCAUCGUGUCGUUGAAAAGUCUUUCGAUUCUGUCCGAAGCGUCGGUAAAGGACGAUCGGUUCGUGUCGGCCACAUACUGCAAGAGCCUGGAGCGGUUGUGCGGGUGCACCCUGAAGGGUUGCCUGCAUUUCUACUCUUUCUACGAUUUGGACGCCGAUUCGAGUGACGAACGGGACGAGGAGAUGGUUGUACCAUCGAUUGCGCCUGUAGUUUCGACCGGCGCCGAUGGUACAGCCCCUCUGGAUUCCGGAAUGGAACGCUCCGGCCUGUUGUCGUAUGGAGGCUCCGGUGGUGGUGCGGAUGGAAGCACGAUGGGCAAUUACGGUACCGAGGCGCAAAGAAUCGCAAAUUCCAGUGACGGUUCUUCGAUGUCGAAUGCCGCUCCCGGAUCAUCUGGUGGCCCUCAGGCGCAACAGCAGCAUCCCGAUGGCGAAGGGCUACAAUGGUUGCUGGCUUUCCGGAACGAUGUGGGCAACGUGAACAACCUGAAGGUGUUGUACUCACUAACGUUGUUCAGUGAAAUGUUGACACCGUAUUCAGCGGAGGUGCCGGCAUGCUGGAGCGAGCUAGAGCAAGCACAAAAGCAACGGCGCAAUUCCCAGCAUUUGCGUCCCGGAGAUGAUACGCAUCUUACCAAAACCUGGCGCCUGCACAACGAUGCGUCCACCUGGGACGAGCAUCUUAUUGAGCUGAAUCUACCGAAGUGUACCUCGCUCGGGCACAUCGAUUUCAAAUUUUCACUUUACCAACCGUGCGCGAACUCGCCGGCAAUACAGGUGACCCUUUUGAAGCAGAAGUCAAUGGGGUUGUGCACGCGCCGCAAGACACAAUCCAUUAAUCGCGUUGACGAAUCGAUCAACUUCAACAUUGGCGCAGGCGAGGGUAAAAACUUCGUCGAGAAUCCGGUUCUGAGUGAAGAGUACUUGCAGGCACGGAAUGCGGAAAUCGUGGUCGGACCGAUCGAGCUCGCUUCCUGUAUGGACCUUAGCGAACAGGGAGGCUGCGUGACACUGACCAGCCCGAAGUUACUGAAAUCUAAGGGCCGCAACUACUUGCUACACAUCAAAACAAUGACGGAUUUGUCAAAAGAUGGUCAAAGUAAAACCAGAGUUCCGGUGCGCAAGAAAGGCAUCACGAGCAUACUGCUAACGUCCUUCGCGAACAUGUCGGCCCAGAGCUCCCACGGUUCCACCUUUGGCCACGGCAAGGAUGGGGGCAGCGUCUCGUUUUUCCCCGACUCGUCCGGGAAUGUUAAGACACGCAAAAAUGAUUUCUAUAUAGGUUGCGAUUGGUUGAACGAAAUUUCCAUCACCGUGCGUGCUACGCGCCAAGUCUACAAAGUGGAACACGAGCGCGCCCAACGGCUUGCGAUGCUGGAAUCAAAUAUGUUGCUGAAAAAUUUACUCAUGCUACUCCAUCCGGAACGACCGAUAGGAUCUGGAACAGAUCCAUCGCAGGGUUCUUCGUCAGCGAAAACGAAAGUGCCGUUGGCUGAUGAAAACAUCAUGAUCAUGCAGCAAAAUCUUGCCCUAGACAUUCUCAUCUGGAUUGUAACGAUUCGGAUGAUGCGCUAUCGGUACCCGAAGAAUCCUUUCGCGAAGCGGCCGGCUCCGACCGAGCUACGCAACGUCGCCUCUGCAGAUCUGAACUGGCAGCAAACAGAGUGCGUGCAGAUCAUUGAGAAGCACCUCGAGCGGAUCAUUCGGCAGUGUAUCGUGCUUGCGAAUCGCAGUAUUGCGCAUAAAUGCGUGAAAUUUUUGUCGCUUGCGUUAGAGGGCGCUCAAAAUAUGGUCGACCGAAGCACGUGCAGCUCAUUCGAAAAAUCUUUGAACGACGCAAUCGUGGCCUGCCUGCCGGAUAUAGUGAACGCCAAUCAUGCCGGCGCAUUGCGCUGGUUUUCCUUGCUUAUUACUGGCACAACGGCACCCGAGAACCACCAGUCAGUGACUGAUCGCUGCAUUGGGCUGCUGAAAACGGUUGCGGAAGAACUGCGGAAACGCAAUAAUCCCUACACGGCACUGCUGCGAACACGCUUCGGUUUACACGGCGCCCCGUUCGAUUCGGAGGUGUUUGAUGCGCAGCCACUGGAUGGACGCCUCGGGGCUGCCAGUGGGGCAUUUCCGUUUGGCUGUAUACCGGGCAAUGUGCUCAAUGGUGGUGGCCCCGGUGGUAAUGGAACAUGUCCGGCCGGAAGCAAUUCCGGACUACAUUCCGCUGCUUCAUCGCUGCACGGUGGUGGUGGUGGUGGUGGUACGUCGUCGAUUGAUCUGCGGUUAAUGUGCUUCGCGGAUGGGGCCGACCUUAAGUGUCUGCCGGAUCAGCUUCGCAGUCGCGGCAUAGGGACGCAUUUUAUCGGGCUGUUGGAGGUAGAACCGCUGCAUUACGCAUGCAGCGCCACGUCGGAUGCUACACGACUAGAGAGCAUCGAUGCAAAUGGAAUUACGACAUGCACCAGCACAAGCACCCCGGUUAACGGAUUCGGCAGCGGAGGCGGUGGUGCCAAUGGGACUAGUAGUGGUGGCGUUGGUGUCGCCACUGCAGUUGGUGGAGGCGGUGUUGGUGGCACUGCUGCAACUGGAGUUUCUGGAACUGGCGCUACUGGGAACAGCACUCUAGUAGGAAACACAGACGUACCCGUCUACAUCAAGCAUGGCAACAAAUAUAUAAGCAUCAACGAUAUCAUCAGCGGGGCGGCUGAUGCGCACGGAAUAAGCGACAUAAACGUGGGAAUAGUUGAUGCAAGUAAACUCAAUGCUGGUGGGGCGUGUGAUGAUGUUGUCCUGUUGCACGAUUCCCUUAUUACCGGCAAUUGGGGUUCCAUGGAGCAAGACAACCUCAACAGUAUGAUUCAGAACCUGAAGGAUAAGCUUGGGAAUAGUGCCAAAGCUAUCGCUGUGUGCGAUAUGCUUGAGCAACAGUACCCGAAAGGGGGGCAGGAGAAAGACAACCUGGGAGUUGGUGGCAGCACGAUAAACGUGAUGACGAACGUGAAAAACUUACUGGUGGACAAAAUCUUCUACGCCGCCCUGGAGAAGUACAAAAAGAUGUCCGCGAUCAACCCGUCCGCACCGGAUCCGGUCGGGCUGUCCGGGUUUCUAUCGCGCACCGUGCACCAACAGAUCAAGCUGAAGGAAGAUUUCUUCGCCGAUGCCUCUAAAAACAACGCACCCACAAUAGACGGAACCGCCGCACCCACAAAAGACGGUACCGUAACACCGAGCGAAGAAAAAGUGACUGCUACUGUUGCCGAUACUGCGGAAGCAUCGGGUGUUGCUGAUUCGGCUGAGUUCUCGUCGACGCCCGUAACGUAUGAAAUUGUGCACACUGAACAUCUCAAUGCGAUGCUCCAAAAUUACCUGGAGGAUGAUGUCCUGCCUGCCGAAUCGAAUCAGGUCAAACUGCCGUUAGAGUUAAAUCCCAGGGAUGCGGCAACAGUGCAAGGUAGCAGCGGAGUGCUUCAUUCACCUCCAUUGAACAACAAAAUACAGGAGUUUAUCGAGGACCGGAAUGCGGACGAUGCGGAGAACGCAUUCGAUCAGCCGGGAGGUCUACCGUGGCACAAGCUGCUAAGCAGCCCCCCGAAACAGAUGAUCGUCGUGGAACGCAUGCAUUCCGGUGCUAUACGAUAUGUGACGCUAGACUUUGGCGCACCGGUGAUGCUGACGGAUGUUAUCAUUCCGGCGUUCGCCGAUUUGGCGUCGCUUUCAAUCGACGUGUGGUGUUUCGAGGAAGAAGCGGACAGUGUGCGUCUCGUCGUGUCCCAGGAUAUUCAUUCGCGGGCGCUCGUGCUCAGCGAUCUGCAGCCCCCGCCUAUCUGUCGUUACUUGAAAUUAACGAUAACCGGACGCUACGGGAUGUCGGCCACUCGAUGUCGCAUUCCGAUGGGUUCGUUCUUUGGGCAUAUCGUCAUUCUGGACCAGGAAGCGUACGCCGAUCCAGUGAUUAAAUUGAUUGAAAAGAGGAAAACAAACCUGCCGGUACAGCUGAAAAUUCUCAAAGCCCUCUACGACGAUGUCCAUUGUCGUUACUGCCUGGCGAGCACCAAGCUCAUGGAUUUGCUCGUGCCCUACUUUAACAGCGACGCAUCCAACAUCGCGCACAUGCACGCAUUCUUGAGCCGCAUGAAAGACACUUCAUUCGGUGGCGCUUUCAAUGCUGACUCUUACUCGUAUGCCGGAGCCGGAGGUGGUGGUGGAAACAGUACGAGCAGCUUGGAAUACGCCAAGGUAAUCGCGGCGUACGAAGAGUGCAUCGGAUUUCAGCAUCAACUGAACGUCAUACGAAGGGUGAUUGAUCGGAUCAGACCAUCGCUCGGCGAGAACCAUCCUCUGUUGGGGCAGCUCAUGCUCCCGACCCAACCACCACCCCUGAAGCCGGGUUCGGAUCUAAGCUCGGUUUACACGGACAAACUACGCAUCAUGAGCGAGUGUCUCAUCGAGGUUGUACUACAGUUGAUUACAACCUUCGGCAGUGUGUCGCUGGUGCUCAGUGGCCUCGACCAGUUUCACCAACAGAAAGGUCAGCAAAUAGACCAGGAGCUGUGUAACUUGCUGUUCGACACGCUCGUUAUCAACGGGGAGGCGCACAUUCAGCUUGCGACCUGUUCCAUGCUCGUGCGGGUGUGUUGUUUGGAGCCGUGGUGGGGCGAUUUCAUUGCCGACAAAUUUCUACAGCUCUACUCGUCGCAGAACGAUCGUAUCUUUCCACAGGAUCGCGUGUUUCUGUUGCUGACGUAUCUCGGGCGAAGAAGUAUCGCCAUUGGACGUAGCCGUACGACUGUCAUCGAUGCCGUACUACGGUGCUUAGCAACGCUGCUCGCUCCAUUGGCCACGAGCGGCGCAUCGGGGAUGAGCAUCUGGUGCACUACCGAUUUGAACUUGUUAGGUUGGAUUCUGCUAUUUCUGUCGGUUUGUCUUGACGACGGUACGGAAGGUCGCAAAGAUCAGAGCAACCUACGCUGGGAUUUCAUGUCCGGCGAAACCGACAUCGUCAAAGCGCGCAUGAACAUCAACAACAGCGGGUUACGUACACUAACGCGAACCUUCAAGAAACGGCUGCUGCAAACUAAGCAGUACAGUUCCCUGUCGUGUACAUCAAAACUUGAAAUGGCUCUGAAGCAGCAGGAAAACAAUCUGAAGAAAUUGACCGUCAACAUUAAGCAGAGUUUCGGCGACUACUUCAAUGAGAUCAAUAACAAGAUGAAGGUACUUGAGGAAAAGAUGACCGCUCCGACGACGAGCGAUGCCGCUGCCACCGAACCGGUCGGUAUUAUAGUCGGUAAUGGCCUAGGUAGCAGUGGUGGAGUAGCAGCCUCGUCGAAGGCUGGUGGAAGCGGAAAGUUUGCGGGUGGUAGUAGCAGCGGUGGUGGAGGGUGUGAGCGCAUAUUGCGGGAAAUUUCUUUCGAGCGUGGCAUCGAUCGUGUCAUCGGACACUCGUCGACUACAUCGACCGCAGACACGGCGGGUGCAAGCGAGAACGAAACGCCGUUCGAUCGUGGACUGAAGUCGGUAAAAAUCGGCAACAUCAUCGUGGUGAUACGGGGUCUUAUCGGGUUGCUGCUCAGCAUGGAUUUUACCUGUAACAUGGAUCUGUUUCUGAUCACGUGUAAGAUUAUUGCACGCCUGGUGCUGGCAUGCCGACCGGCGUUGCAAUUGUCGAAGAUAAUCACCACCAACCAGCUGCUGCAGCUCGUGCGCAUCGCGGUUUGGGAGAAUCAGCAGCAGCCUUGGGCCGUGCAUGCCAUCACCUGCUUGCUGCAGGACGUACUCGAGGCCGACAAGAGCUUCAAGGAUGACGAGAAUGAUUCAUCGGAGUCGUCUGGCGACGAGGCUAACGGUGGUACUGGCAGUACGUCCAAUCAUCACACUUCGUCCACAUUACCAUCGAUGCGGCCACCGGUGGAGGUACCGUACAAGCAACAGCAGCAGCCGCAGCAACACCCACAGCAACAGGUGACUUGCGAUCUGAGUUACGCCGAUGUGGCCAAAAACCAGCUUCCGUCGGUGGUGGAGUGCGACGACGCGGUUGAGAUGGAGGAUAUCCUUAUCAUCGACGAUAUACUUUCAUCGCGCGAGAAGCGCUUCCUCAAACGAGAUCUCACACCGAUAGCGUCGGUUGCGAGUAAAUUUACUUUCACCAACAAAACCGUUUCCUUCGCCAUGGACUCGAGGUUGGAGAUGGGUUUGGAUACGAACGUGGAGAUAGUGCUUCGACGAUUGACUACAAGGGCCGCCUACAAUCUGAUCACCAGCCUACCCCACACGGCCCUCAUGCCGGAGCUGAUUACCUUGGGGGUAACGUCUCAACCCACCGAACCACUUCCUGCCUGGCCGGAGAGCAUAGUCGAAGCGUGGUCCGGCCCAGAAUACUUGCAGGGUGCCGGUGAAACGAAUAGCAUGCUAACGGAGGUGUUCGACAAUGUGUUGUCCGAUCUGCACCUGGUUGAUUCGUGGCUAAACCUGGAGAAGAUCCUCCAGCUAUGGCUAACACUGAACGGUGAAACGCUCGAGAGUUUCCCGGGCAGUCGUGGUGCUGGCCUGAAUCCGUAUUCGUUUCCGAAAAUUCCUUUCGGUGACCGGGCGGUCCAUGGUUUACUGAAGGCACUGGCAACCCAUCCGAACAUCAAAUUGCGUGCCUGGUGCCUCGGGUUCCACUGUUUGAUACUGGCGUGCAAGCCACACUUCGAGGUGACCGAUUGCAAGGACAUGAACGAGACAAGCUGUGAUAAUCACUUCCGCCGGAUGGGCAGCCUCAUCGUGAACGAUGAGAACUUUGAGCGGAUGUUGCUGCGUUUCUUUUCCGGUGUGGAUCAAUCCAUGGUUUCCCAGGAUGGUUGUAGCAGUCGUUAUGCUGGACCGACAAUUUGCAAACUGGUGGUGGAGCUGUUCAUCUGGCUGGAGAUACGUUGCAAUAUGAAAGAGAAGCUUAAGCAAACACUGCUGCGCGUCACGCUCGCUUUGGUGCAGUUUGGCGGGGCUAUUGCCAACCAGCAGGGACCGAUCGAUGCUCAGAGUCAGAUGAUAAAGGAACUGCUUAACUUUCCGUACGACAAGACUGAUCUUGGCGUGGCAAUGAGCGUCAUUGAGUGUGUUUCCCAUCUCGUGUAUAACAACGUUGUCAAUGUGGAAAAACUCUAUUGCCAAAAGUCGGUUGAGCCAAAUAACGCCGGUGGCGGUAUGCGUUUUGGUAAUCUGUUCGCGUCCGUGUUCAACUCGGAAAACAGUCGUUCCUGCCGUUAUGUCACCGAUAGCUCGCUUUUGGUAGACCUGCUGCGUCUGGCAUCGAUUCUUGUUACUACCAAGAACCCGCACACGAAUCUUGGUUCUAGUAGCGCUGGCGUUAGUGUAGGCGGCGAAGGCUCUGGCGAUGGUACGUCUCACAGCUCGACCGCCGGUGCCAGCGGUGGCGGUUCUGGCUCUGGUGCUGGGGUAGGUGUUGCGGAUAAUCUGAACACUUCCAGCGAAAGUCAGACGGAUGAAAUUAAAGCGGAACAGCAGCACACGACGGGUGAUACGCGACCGAAGGUGCCCUGCUUUGCGGACACCGUACUGCAGCACUCGCCGACGAUGAACCGGCUAAUGGGAGCUCUUUCGCACUGCACCCAAGCCUCCGCCUCGAUUCCCAUCCUAGCGACCGUCAAUAAUGGAGAGUGUAGCGCCUCGACGAUCCGAAACUCGGGCUCGUGUACGCUGCCGUAUGCGAUAUUUCAGCUGCUGAUGGUCCUCUGCCAGAAGGCGUCCGAGAACGAGCUAGUGGUGAGGCCGCUAUUCGAGUACAUCAACGGUACGUCGAACGUGCGACAUGCGAUGCCCAAGCUGCAUCUGUCGGAGCCAUUCCUUUGGCUCAUCCUGAAGGUGCUGGGGACGCCCGCGUCUGUGGCAAUCUUUACCGAUCUCGGCGGCAUCCAGGUGCUGUGCGAGAGCUUGGUACGCAGCAACCGGGCCCUGAUCAACACCCAACCCAGUUUGGUAUCGAUGAUCAUGCAGAGCCUGUCGAAAUCCGGCACCGGUGGAAGCGUUCCUGGCGCGGGAGGAAUGCCCUCAUCAAUGGCCGGUGGAGGUGGUGGCGGUGGUGCUUCCGGUAGUUCAUCCAAGAAGAGUACCCCUAUCGUAACCACGCCGCGCAACGAAGAAGGGCUGAUCAACUUUGCACCGUACUGUACCAUCACGUCGGACAACCAGUCGGUGCAAGCUGCCGACGUGCUGAUACAGGCCCCAAUCGCGUCCCAUCGGCGUGCGCGAAAUCCAGCAUGGAGCUACAUUUUCUAUGCGUACGAAUCGCACGUCGAUCUGACGCUCACGCUACCGACGGCCGUGCUGCUGAAGGAGGUUCAACUGCAGCCACAUCUGGCAACCCUCGCCUCCUGCCCGUCGGCCGUGGCGAUCGAGGUGACGCGGGACAACAUACUUGGUCCGAUUCCGAUUACACAACCCAUCUCGACGGUGGGAAUGACUUGCAUUCGGUUGCGCUUUGCUCAGCCGGAGAUUGCCACCAGUGUGAUCAUUCGGUUGUAUCGGCCGCGUGACGCUAUGAACAUUGGCCUGACGCAGAUAUCGAUCCUGGGCACGACGACCUUCGGUGAGUUACCGGUCCCGAUGGUUGGACCAGGUGGUGGCAGCGGUUGGAACAGUGUAUCACUACUCGGAGGCGCAGUGGGCCCGACGGGCAACAUGAAACCGUCGAAUGAUGUAUUCAACGGAGUCGGAACAUCGACAUUGUACACUUCCCCGUACAGCUAUGUUUACGGUAUGGGUGCUCCGGACGGCGGUGGAGGUGCUGCAGGAGCAAUGGGAGGAGCAGGAGGUCUCAUUCCGGGAGCGAUUGAUGACGACGACCGAGUGGCGGCCCGAACCAGCCUUGCCUGGUUGCGCAUCCUGACGCAGUGCUUUAGCGUGACGAUUUGCUACGCCGACCAGCAGCUCUCGGAUCGGGUGAUUGCCGCGGCGAACGAGGUUAGCGGGUUCAUGGAAGCGUGCUGUGCUCUGCUCAACAUUGCGCCCAACAGUCCGAACGAUACGCUGCAGAACUUGGAAACGGUGCUGCUGAAGCUGGGUCUGCACAGCCGUGAGAUGGGCCUACGUUUGAUUAACAGUCUGCUACGCCAGAGUAUUCCGCAGACGUUCCAGCUGUCGAACGACUCGAUCGCGGAUCUGCUCUACCAACUGUGCACCAUGCAAAACAACGAACAUACCGCCGAUCGGCUGCAGGCCAUGUUGGAGUGGGUUUUGUCGUUGUACGAGCGCUUCCGGGCUAAUGUGGUCUCGCGAAACCACCGGCUGGCGCUUCACUCGACCAAUCCGUACAGCGGCUUUAUACGGUGUUUGGCCGCAAUCCUGUGGCAAGCGUACGCUACCGAUCUGAUUCCGAACUUGGUGGACAUGGUUUCGCGCGAGCUCUUCGACGUGCUGUUCGGUUGGGUGCAGGAACUGGAGCACACCGAGAGUGGGCCACUGAAAAAGGCGCUAGAUGCGCUGCUUUGUUCGAUUUGCUGCAUACGGCCCGAGUUCUUUACGAUGCUGUUACGCCGGAUGGGUGUGCUGGUGCCGAAUUUGUCCACCGACCUUACCGCCUCGAUAUCGGAUGACCGCAAAGAUGGGGAACGACGAACGGAUGACAGCAAGCAGGAGGAAUCGGACACGACCGAAUGGUACAGUCAUCUGGUGAUCGAAGACAUUGGCCGGUUGGAUCUGUCCCGCAGUCAGCUGGCAACGAUUGCGAUGGCUUGCCAGUCGCCGUUGGCCGUACAGCAAUUGAUCGAUUCGGGGUUGCCGAAAUUGCUCAACUCGGUGCUGCUGGAGUUUUGCCGACGGGCGGCUGAUUGUGUCGAAAGGCGGUCGAUGUCAACUAGGGUUACCAACAGAACUGUUGGAACCAGCUCCAAUGCCAGUAGUGCCACUACCCAUCAUACAUCCACUGAAGGUUGCUUGACUGACGCCGACAAAUGGACUAACGGUGGUUCCACGGACGCAACACGAAACUAUCCGAUGGUGAACAUUAGCAAGGUGACGGAAAUUCUGGGCUUCUUCACAGAAGUUUGCUCCGAAGGUCACAUGCGCGAUUGGCUUGGAAGCCACGAGGGGGCAACCUUUUGGGAGCCACUGCUGUUGCUACUAUGCAACAGCCAGUUGGCAAACAUUAGUCGCGAAAUAACGACCCAGUCCUGCUUGGAACUGGAGGACUGCCUCAUCAAGUUCCUAUCGCGUGUCACUACGUGCCACCCGAGGAAUCAAGAAGUGCUGACGAUCAAACUCAUCUCGGUAAUACGUAAUUCAGAUCCUUUGGAAGACACUGGAGCAAGUGCUAGUAGUAGCAGCAAUACCAGCGGCAGCAGCAGCAUGGGAGCUUCCCCAAGAAACUGCAUUUCGGGCUUCACGCGACGACUUGUGUUGCAAAUUUUGCUCGAAAGUGAAAAGAUUAUGGUGGCUGUACGAAGCGAUCUGCCGCUGAUGCAGAGCAAGGACGCCUCGAGCGGAGGCUGUCUAUACAAUUCCAUCGCGAACCAUCCCUCCAAGCGUCCGAACGCGCACCUUAUGCUGUUCCAGCUAAGUACCACCGCCAAGUGUCAGGACAUACUGGAUCACUGCGCGGCGUCUGUGUAUCAGCCGGUUUUGCCAACGGUUAUACCUCCUCUGCCGCCCGCUCAAUCCACACCACCGGGUGCGGCGUCGGCAUCCGGAACAUCGAUUGCAGUCGGUACAAGCGAGCACUCGACCAUAUCAUCCGGUGGUGGUGGUGGUCAAUCCUCUACCUUGGCCAUGGGGGGUAAUCGUGGCGAAGGUGAGCUGUGGGAGUUGGGUAUGGGACUGGAGUUCCUGAGUGUUGCGGCGGGUGUUACGGCAAAGGAUAAGCGACUAAAGGAGGCCAAAAAUCAGGCCACCACUUUGCGGCGGAAAGAUCUGAUGUCAUUGUACAGAACAAAAAUGGACGACCUGAGGCUGUCCAUGUCGGAUGGUAUGUAUCUAACGCAUCCAUCGGUCCCGGAGGUUAUUAUUACGAGCGAUACGACCAUCUCACAGCUGCUAACGAUGCUGAAAGGGGCAGGCGUUUCUCUUUCGAUUCCGUGCAUCAAUUUGAACCUGGUUGAUGGUAAAAAUAAACCGGUAAGCAACGAUCUCAACUGCGGUGAGCCAUCUUCGACGAUGGCUGCGUCGUCUUCAUCGUCGGGAAGUACGGCGGCGGGCACGCCAUCUGCUCCGGCCUAUAUGCGAGCCACCGAGUUUCUGCCGCAACCGUCACCGCUGCAGAUAUUCUCCAGCUGUGGUGGACUUUCGCUACUAGCGCACUAUCUCCCGACCGUCUACCCGGAGAUGCCCAAGACGAGCGCACACUAUUUGGACAAAGAUCGUAGCCCAGCGGGUGCGGGUGGCAGCGGCGCUGGUGCUGGAACUAGCGGAACUGGUGGCAAUGGUGGUGGUGGAAUCGGCAACGAGUGGGUAAAACUCGAGCAGAUGGAUGAAAUUUACGAAGAUUUGGAUGAUGUCGUCGCCGAGGCCUCCCCGAAGGCGCAAUCCGUUUCGGUGAUUCCACAGCACUCUCUGGCGGCUUUCGCGUUGUUCCUGCGCCUUCCCGCAUAUUCAGAGGUGCUGCUCACCGACACCGUACGAGCGCAGUGUCUCCUGCGGUUAACACUGGGUGUGACCGGGGACGGCGAGGGUCACGAGGUAUAUAAUCUUCCGCUGUCGAUUUCACUGCCGACGCUACCGUUCGAGGUAUUCCGGCAGCUGCUGGAGAGUUCACCCUUGACCACCGACGAUGGCGUUUUGUUGCGGCGCAUGGUAAUCGAGGUUGGCGCGAUACACUUGGUACUGAACUGUCUCAGCAUUUUCACGCAUCACAACAAUAACGGCAGCACUGCUAGUACUUCGCGAUCUGUGGGCGGUGGUAAUGCUCCACCAACGAACAACAACACCGGAUCUGUGUACAUUGGAUUUCCAGCUGUGGGUGGUAGCAAUACGGCCAAUGGCGGCAACGGCAAAUCGACGUCGGCGACAACAACCGGUAAUGCCAGCACCAAUACUGAAGAACAGCUAAACGCCGAAGACAAGGGGCAUAUGUACUGGGCCAAGGGAACCGGCUUUGGCACUGGCUCAACGCAGCAAUCUUGGAACGUGGAGCAGGCGCUGUUACGUCAGAAAACGGAAGAAGAACACGUCACCGUCUUGCUGCAGGUUUUGUCGAGCUACAUUAAUCCUGGAUGCAAUAAGUAUACCGUAACCGCUGGUAAUGACGAGCAACUGAACUACCGAGACUGUCACGAAUCGUUACCUGAACUGCCACCGAUCUUCCUGGAUCUACUGCAGCAAAGCUGUCUCAUUCCUGCCCUCAGUUCCUAUCUGCGAAACGAUUCAGUGUUAGACAUAACCCGACACAUCCCACUAUACCGAGCAAUCCUGCAACUGCUUAGGGCGAUUUCGCUCUCGAACCAACUGGCCACACUAUUGGUAAACAAGAGUGCUAGCGAGGGCAAAUUGUCCAUCGCGGGAUUGCUAUCAAACAUGAAAGCGUGCGUUGAUACCUACGCCAGUCGUUUGAAAGUGAACAAGAAGUCCAACCUGAAAGGUCAAACGCAGAAAAUAAUCGUUAGCCUGGACGAUGGCGACGACGAAGGGCUAGCACUGAUGAUACACGACAUACAGCUGACCUCACUUCUGGUCCAGAACGCGACCAAUACGGACGCCACAAACGCUGCGGAGGAAGAGGAAAAGCAGUUGAUACCGCGUCCGAUCACAAAGUCGGUGGAGGAGCGGUAUCUGGAGAUUAUGAAAGCGCUGCAAUUUGAUACUUUCGAGAUGAUUGCUGAAUCGGAGAAUGGAUACCGUUUUGCGAUAUCGCACCAUUUCGAAUCGAACGUUCGUAUGGCCGGAGAUCGAGGUCACCCGGGACGGGUUAAGCGUUUGGCACAAGAAACGGUAACCCUUUCGACCAGUUUACCGCUUUCUUACAGUAGCUCCGUGUUUGUGCGGUGCGAUACGGACCGGCUCGAUAUCAUGAAGGUGCUUAUCACGGGACCCGCCGAAACACCGUACGCGAACGGCUGCUUCGAGUUCGACGUGUACUUCCCUCCCGACUACCCGAACUCGCCAAUGAACAUCAACCUGGAGACGACGGGGCGUAGCACGGUCCGCUUCAACCCGAAUCUCUACAACGAUGGUAAGGUUUGCUUAUCGGUGCUGAACACCUGGCACGGGCGGCCGGAGGAGAAGUGGAACGCGCACACGUCCAGCUUUCUGCAGGUGCUCGUGUCGAUCCAGAGCCUCAUCCUGGUACCGGAACCAUACUUCAACGAGCCGGGCUUCGAACGGAGCCGCGGGACACCCUCGGGGACGCACAGUUCCCGCGAGUACAACAGCAACAUCUACCAGGCGUGCGUGCGGUACGCGAUGCUGGAGCAACUUCGACAUCCGUGCCCGUGCUUCCGCGAGGUCAUCCACGCGCACUUUUGGUUGAAGCGCAACGAAAUCUGUGCCCAAAUCGAGGACUGGAUCACGGAACUGAGCAAUCCGCUGCAAAACGAGCGAACCGGGCGAGCGAUCUCGUUCAAUGCGAUGGUACUGCGUCGUCAGUAUCGGCAGCUUCGGGAGGAGCUAGCCAAGCUGUCACCUCCGGAGGGGCUCGAUGAAGCGGACUAUCCGUUCACCGCCAUUAGCACCAACAGUGCCAAUGGCGGCGCCACACCCGCCGGAGGUUCGACGACGUCCAGCACUUUGUCGACGACGAAUGCGUUCGGUUGUCCGUCCGGCUCGUCGUCAACCUCUUCCUCUUCUUCAUCAACGUCGUCCUCCUCGUCGACGUCCACCUCAUCAUCGUCUUCGUCAUCUUCAUCGUCCACGUCAUCGGGUUCCUCGACAUCAUCCAACUCUUCGUCACACAGUCAGGUAGCAAGUGGUGCCACCGCCACCGGAGGGGUGGUCACCGUUUCCAGCGGGGUAGAAAGCUCCAACAGUACCGCGCCGGAGACUGACGGAAACCAAUCGCACAAUUACGCGAAGGAGGAGGAUGAUACAAUGAUGGGAGAGGGACAGCUACGUGCUGAAGAAGAGGCUGAUGCGCUCGCAGUGACGAUGGUUGCCGUGGAGUACUGCAUGCAUUCCGAUAGCGAUGGCGGCGGUGUUGCUGGCAGCGACAAUGGAGGCGGCUACAGCGAGUCCUCCUCGAGUGGUAGUAGCAAUGUGACGGGUGGUUCCAGUUCUGGCGAUAGUAGCGAAUCGACAGCCGUUACCGGCGGGAUCUCAGAGGACGCGCUCGAUCCGCACCUAUUGCCUUUGAUCACCACCGACGAGGGGCAAGAUGUGAGUAACGAGAAGAAGUCUCCGCCGUGUGACGCACAACAGGAUGAUGCGCUGGAUGAAGAACAUUCGCUCCCACUGGAGGACAUGUCUCACCCAAUGGUGUGAAAUAAAUUUCUAAUCCAUUGAAGACCGACCUGAAAACGGAGAAGGAGAAGGCCUGUCAACCGACUAGACUAGAACCUAACUUUAACUUAGCAAGGGCAUAAUAAAAAAAAGCUAUCGUCUGGUGUGGGAGUAGCAGAGAUGAAUCCUAGAUUGGAAACGUUUGAUGAUGUGAUAUAAUUAGUUUUUCUUGCUCAGUGGCAGGACCGAAGGAUUCUUAGGUAGCUCGAUCGAACGAUGGAAUUCAAUCCUUGUUAAGACGUUUGGUAGAGAAAAAAGAAAACGAUAACAAACAGGAGAUCGGCAAUUUUUCGUUUAGAUAUAUACAUUAAUGUACAGAGAGUGUUAUCUCUCUUUGUGUGCAAAUCAAGUCUUACGAGCCAUAGGAAAAACAAUAAGUAAUAAUAUAAACCCUUAUCAGUUACAAAUCAUAUAUAGCAUUUUUUUUUUCUUUUUUUAUGCAUAACACGACAUUAACACUCACUCACAAGCUAGACUAGGGACGAUUCGAAGGAAAAUCUAUAUAUAUGUACGAUGCGUCGAAGAACUGCAAGCUCAACCAUCCGAUCCUAGUUUGUUUCAUUGGCGAUUGUUUUUUUUUACGAUUCACAUUACAACAUUAUUGAACUUAC